AUUCGAAAGGCUGGAGUAUUAGAGAAGAGGGGGAGAACUGAGAAGAGAAAAUGUCUCAGGGACCGGAGGCAGAGAAGAAGCCGACCCCAGCCGGGGAAGCUGGUCAGCACAUUAACCUUAAAGUCAAAGGACAGGAUGGUAAUGAAGUCUUCUUCAGGAUUAAAAGGAGCACUCAACUAAAGAAGCUAAUGAAUGCAUACUGUGACCGACAGUCUGUUGAAAUUACUUCAAUAGCUUUCCUGUUUGAUGGGCGACGUCUUCGAGCGGAUCAGACUCCAGAUGAACUAGAGAUGGAAGAUGGUGAUGAAAUUGAUGCAAUGCUUCAUCAAACUGGGGGAACUUAUAAUCAAUAUUUUACUUCUAGCUGAAGAUAACUCUGUAUCACUGUGUGGGCGAAGUUUACCUUAUUAUUGUUAUGCGUAGUGAAUUGCCUAGGAGUGGGUUGCUAUUUCAUUAAACAGGAUAUGGUUUGCUCAAGUGGCCUGAGCUCUUUUGCCUUACGCUUAUGCCAAAUUUCUUUUGAACGUAGUAGGAAUCAACCUUUUGUUUUAUCAUCUACUACAACAAUCUUAUAAGGUGCAGGAUCUUUUGAAGUCCUCUUGUACAAUACCGUGUUCUCAUUAUCUGCUUGUUUUUUACUACGUAUAUGAUAAUUUUUUGCUUGUUA